AAGAAAAAAACGAAAUGGCCAUCUGGUAGAUUAGGGUUUCUGGUCGGCUAGUUCAUACGGGCAAGGAGCACGGGAAGGGAGGCGAGGAGUAGCUUUGGAGAUGGGCGCGCCGAAGCAGAAGUGGACGUCGGAGGAGGAGGAGGCACUGCGGCGCGGCGUGGUCAAGCACGGCGCCGGCAAGUGGCGCACCAUACAGAAGGAUCCUGAGUUCAGCCCCGUCCUCUCCUCCCGCUCCAACAUCGACCUCAAGGACAAAUGGAGGAAUUUGAGUUUUAGUGCCAACGGACUAGGUUCUAGGGAUAAAAUAAGGGUUCCGAGGAUAAAAGGACCUUCAUCUUCCUCAUCACCUAGCCCACAACUUCUGCUUCUUCCAGCUCCUUAUAAUGUUGCUGAAGCUUCUCCAGCUGAAGAUCCUGAAAAAAGCCCACAGGAUGACAAGACUCCGAGUCCAAAGUACAGUGCCAUGAUCCUAGAAGCUCUUGCUGAACUGAAUGAACCAAUUGGUUCUGAAAUUACUACAAUUUAUCACUAUAUAGAGCAAAGGCAUGAGGUGCAACCUAAUUUUAGAAGAUUGCUGUGUGCCAAGUUACGACGGCUUAUAGGUGCAAAAAAAGUCGAGAAGAUUGACAAGGCCUAUAAGCUCACAGAUUCUUAUGCAAAAAAAGCUCUAGCUCCAAUGAAAGAUUCAUCUCUGAAGAAGAAGGAUCCAGCCAAGCCGUCAAAGGCAUCAAAGAAUCUGAGUCCCGGAGUAGAGGCAGCUGGAGCUGCAGCUAUGAAAUUAGUUGAUGCAGAGGCCAAAGCACACCUUGCAAAAGAUCACAUGGUGGAGGCGGCAAGGAUCUCCAGGAUGGCUGAGGAUACCGAGUCUCUGCUUAUGCUCGCAACAGAGCUCUACGAAAGAUGUUCAAGAGGAGAGAUGAUCACAAUGUUGCAAGUGGCCGCGCAAAGGGAAGAUCAAACUCAUCAGUCACAUGCCAACAUCCGUUCUUUCGUUCAUGGACCUACCCACAGCAGAUCCGCCCCCUCGCGUUCCCCUACGGCACCACCCCCGCCUGUCGUCUUCUCCCCCAAAUCCCUCAAACCCUACUACAGCCGAUCUAGCCCUCCCACCCCGCCGAUCGCCAUGGCCGCCCCCAACAACAACGACGCCGCGAGCGCCAGCGCUUCCACGAGCGAGGGCGCCCCGGCGGCGCCGGAGGAUACCUCGAUCGAGGCGCUGGCCCGGCGCGUGCAGGAGCACAUGACCCUGGCCAAUAACCCCAGCGCCCGCCGCCACAAGUUCUGGGAGACGCAGCCCGUGGGGCAGUUCCGCGACGCCGCCGACGUGUCGCUCCCCGACGGCGCCAUCGAGCCCCCCACCCCGCUCUCCGAGGUCCGAGCUGACCCCUACCCGCUCCCCGCCGCCUUCGAGUGGUUCACCUGCGACCUCGACGACGACGCCCUCCUCGCCGACCUCUACGCCCUCCUCGCCCACAACUACGUCGAGGACGAUGAGAACAUGUUCCGCUUCAACUACUCCCCAGCCUUCCUCCGUUGGGCGCUCCGCCCCCCGUCCUUCUUCCGCGCCUGGCACAUUGGCGUCCGCGCCACGGAGUCCAAGAAGCUUGUCGCCUUCAUAUCCGGCGUCCCAGCGCGCAUCCGUGCGCGUGACGACGUUGUCCGCAUGGCCGAGAUCAACUUCCUCUGCGUCCACAAGAAGCUCCGAUCCAAGCGCCUCGCCCCGGUGCUCAUCCGCGAGGUCACCCGCCGCGUCCACCAGGAGAACAUCUGGCAGGCUGCAUACACUGCGGGUGUCGUCCUCCCGACCCCCAUCACUACCUGCCGCUACUGGCAUCGAUCUCUCAACCCCAAGAAGCUCAUCGACGUUGGGUUCUCCCGUCUUGGCCCCCGUAUGACCAUGAGCCGCACUGUCCGUCUCUACAAGCUGCCUGAUGCGCCACUUACCCCUGGGUUCCGCCAGAUGGAGCUGCGGGAUGUUGCCCCAGUCACACGGUUGCUGAGGGCAUACCUUGCAAGGUACGUAGUGGCACCGGAUUUUGAUGAACUGGAUGUCGAGCACUGGUUGUUGCCCCAGGAAGAUGUGGUGGACAGCUACCUUGUGGAGAGCCCUGAGACACAUGAGAUUACAGAUUUCUGCAGCUUUUACACGCUGCCCUCAUCAGUACUGAACAAUCCCAACUAUUCCACACUCAAGGCUGCCUACUCAUACUACAACGUUGCUGUCAAGACUCCGUUGCAGCAGCUGAUGAAUGAUGCAUUGAUCGUGGCCAAGCAGAAGAACUAUGAUGUGUUCAAUGCGCUUGAUGUCAUGGAGAAUGAGGCGUUCCUCAAGGAGCUCAAGUUUGGACCUGGAGACGGGCAGCUCCACUAUUAUCUCUACAAUUACCGUAUUCGCAAUGGAAUCAAGCCAUCUGAGCUUGGUCUUGUGCUGCUAUAGGCUGGUCAAGGCUCAGGACAGCGUUUGGGUUAUACUCUUUUCAGCAGGUACUCCUUGUGUGGCUGGUUUAGUAUGUGUCAUUCCUGGUUGCUGCAGGUGAUGGUUUGAUUACCGUCAUGCUGUAUGUUACCUAGUGUGCAAUCCGACAUUGCUCAUUUUGUUUAUUGUGGUUGCAAAUCUUCCAUGCCUUUUCAUGGGGAUCCACAUUAUUUGCAAAUGAGGAGACUGGCAUUAGAAAUUUCUUCUCUUAAAUUUGAAGACUGUUGUUUUCAAUUAGUGACAUUCAGCGUGUAUGAUUCAAAGCAUUUUAUGAUGGCACUUGGUUUACCAAGGAAUUUUGAUAGAACUUGCGCUAUACUAAGUCAUUGAAGUACCCCUGUGUUUGAGGUUAUAAGUUAUAUCUGCUUUGUUGAUGUGUGGCAUGUACCAUUGGUUAAUUUAA